UUACGUAUAUAAGUUGUUCCGUUGGUAUUCGGAACAUUCGUAAUUCAAAAAUCACUUGUGAAACGUCUCUCUACAUCUAAAAUAUACCGACUGUUUAAUUAUGAUCGUUGAAAAAUACAUUAACACAAUGAUUCACUUGUUUUACAUGAUGUCAAUCCUGCUUUGUACAAUCUCUGCAGAUCAAGAUAAAGUCUGCGAUAAAUCAAAGUGCAGAGGAGUGGGAAAAUACUUGACUGAUUUGAAAUGCGUUCCCACUUACGGUCCCGAUGACGAUUGUUGUCCAAUAAAAUACAAUUGUGAUCAUCUCAAGGGCAGAGCCAUUGACAAAUGUUAUUUCAAAGGCCACGUUUACGAAAUCGGCGAAACUCUUAAACCAGGUGAUGGCAAACCGUGUGAUAUCGGGUGCCAUUGUAACGCAGGAUGGAACGGUACAUCCGCUCACUUCUCCUGCGCCAUAGUCGAUUGUUUCAACCGACCAGAACCUGGUUGUUACCUCGAAGAAAAUCAUGAUCAAUGCUGCCCAGGACCAAAAGUGUGCCCCGCUACUAGAGAAAAUUUGGUAAAGUGUGAAGUCGACGGAAAAACUUACUUACAAGGACAACGAUUCACACCGGCAUCAGACCCAACAAAAUCCUGCAUUUGUUCUGAAGGAUACAAAGGUGUAAAUGUGGCGCCAUUCUGUAGAGAUCCAGAACCCUUCAAUUGCGAUACAGAGCUCCAUCAAGCUACUGAUAUUUAUGAAAACUGCGUUCCAACAUUCUACAACUCUCAAAAUCCGGCGACCGAUUGCAAUUACGCAUCCAGAUGCCAAAACGAGAAAGACAGAGUUAUACCUGGAAAUCAAACUGGAACUCCGGCCGAAUCAGACCCAAGUGAUACCUGCACUUUUGGGCGAUUGAAGAUGAACAUUGGAGACCAAUUGAAUCAAGGAACAUGGUGGAGUUCCGUCUGCGUUAGAUGCAUUUGCGAAAUACCGCCGUUACCAACCUGCCAACAUCUCCCUGACGAUGAAUGUGACAUCACUGUUCACGACGAAUUUCAAUAAUUUUCCAUAAUUGUAAUCAACAUUUAUACGCUUCUUAGCAAUUUUGUAACAAGUACAACCUGCGAUAAAUAAGUUGGUUUUCAUUAUUGUUUGUAAUAAAUAUCAACGAACAGUGAAA